AUGAACGGACGCGAGGCAUCACCCGAUGUCGCCGCGGCAAAGGGCACCUCAGCGCAUGGACAUUGGGGCAAGAUUGGGUCUGUGUCCGAGACAUUCGUCAACGUUCGCACUCCUGUGUUGUUGCAGCAGGCCCGAGGGUACGUCUCUGGACGGGACCUUGCCGCCGCGGCAGACGUCUGUGACGUUGAGGACUCGCCGAACCACCGACUAACGAACACUACGAUACGCGGCAUCCCGUUCCCCCGCGAGCUGGACUCGCCAUCAACAUCAUCUGCCGCGUUCAUGGGCGCCCCCGACUAUAGCGCGUUCGCGUCGUCGUCGUCGUCGUCCCGCGACUUCCGCCGCCAUCGCCGCUCGUUCCGUUGCGUCUGCGGCCGACGCGCCGACUCGGACUCUGGCAUGUACUGCUCCCCGGACUGUGCUCGCCAGGAUGCCUUCUCGUCAUUAACGCAUACGCGCAACAACUCGACGACGCAUCCCGACCACUCGUUUGAGAUGGACGACUAUGACACGACUGGAUCCCGCCAUCGACGAGCGGUCCGCGCGGACCCGUACCGCACCGACCUCACGCGCGAGGAGCGGCGGCGAAAGCAGCGAGCCGACGGCAACGACAGCAUCUCGCCAAUGUCUGCGCGCAACCUCAUGCUGUCCCCAAGCGUACCCGAGCUCGUCUCGUCGCAUUCUCGCAACACGUCAACCGCGUCAUCCGUCUUUUCGCUGUCUUCCAUGUCGAGCUCGAUGAGCCUGAGCCGCAAUCCGUCGACUUCGUCGCGUAAUGUCGCCCUGAACAGCGUCAUUCUCGAGGAUGCACGCGAGAACCUGUCGACCGACCGAUCGACCCUCAAGGCGUCAAGACGGACGCACUCGAUCGACAAUGACGCCCCGCCAUCCAAGCGGCUAGCGGUCAACGACAUGCUCGAUGAGAUCAUCAGCAUGGAGAAUGAGUUUGGCGACGAUAUGGAGAACGUGGGGGAUGACGCGAUGGUUGACGCUCCGUCUGUCGAGAACUACGACGUAAGCGUGGAGCUUCCACGCGCCAGAAACACCCCUCUACGUCAGCCUCGCGUCAACCUUUACGCUUUCCUUGAGCAAAGUCAGCCAUGCAUGUCUGCGAUUAGUGACGACCUGCAGGGCGGCUGUCAGUAG